AUGUUCAUCUUUCUGUGUCUGUGUUUGGGUUUGGCCUUUUUCGGUCGACUUCCUGUCCUGAGCAGCGCCUGUCCAGCACAGUGUCGCUGUUUUUACCACAAACUCAGUGACGGAUCCAAAGCCCGGAGUGUACUGUGCGGUGAUCCUGAGCUCACCUCCAUCCCCACCGACCUCCCCUCGGAUGUUUCAAAGCUCCGUAUUGAAAAGACUGACAUUACCCAAAUCUCCAGCGAGGCCUUUAUCUCCCUGAGAAAUCUUGAAUUCCUCUGGAUGUCCUUCAACUCUCUUUCCGUUCUCCAUGUGGACAGUUUCCGUGGCCUGAGCGUGCUCAACGAGCUUCGUCUCGAGGGUAAUUUCAUCGCCUCGUUCCCGUGGGAGAGUUUAACCGACAUGCCCAACCUCAGGCUCCUGGAUUUGCACGACAACAAGAUCACCAGCAUCCCGGCUGAGGCAGCCGUCUAUGUUAAAAACCUCACUUACCUCGAUUUGUCCAGCAACAGUCUGAGUACACUGCCGUCUGAAGUGCUGCUGAUGUGGUUCUCCGCUAAACCUGCACAGGAUGCUGAAAACUCAAAGAUGAUUUUGGGUCUUCAUGAUAACCCGUGGCAGUGUGACUGUCGCUUGUUUGACCUGGUUCAGUUCCAGAAGUCUCCGUCUUCCUCAUCAGCCUUCAUCGACACUCACCUGCGCUGCUCAGAGCCUGACAGUUUUUCCGGUGUGCUCUUCUUGGAUGUGGAGAUACGGAGGUGCCAGGUACCACGGGUCCACACAGCCGUGGCGAAGGUUCGCAGCUCAGUAGGCAACAACGUCCUGCUCCGCUGCGGCACCGUUGGAGUGCCGGUGCCUGAGCUCACCUGGUCCCGGGCUGAUGGAAAAGCCAUCAAUGGUACAGUUCAUGAGGAGGUUUCAAAUGAAGGCAUCACCUGGUCCAUCCUCAGCAUCCUCGCCAUGUCCUCACAAGACUCAGGCCAAUAUAUCUGCAGAGCCACUAAUUUUGUUGGCGGCGCCAACGCCGUCAUCUCUCUCGUUAUUUCAGAAACGCGACAGGUCAGUGAGGCUGCUGUGAAGAAAAUGGCAUAUCAAGAGAAACUCAUCGCAAGAUACGUUCCUCCAACCUCUACUUCUGUAGAUGUUCCCAUCAUCAAGCCGUUUAAUGGAUCGAAAUCCACAGGGUCAUCUGAGAUCGAGCGCUACAGCACGUCUGACGGUGUCCUGGAUGGCAAAACCACAGAGAACAGCUUAGAAAUGGAUGUGGCUGAGAAUGUGUUGAACGAUUUGGCAGCCAACGCUUCCUCCCUCCAACAAGGUCCAGAGAGACGGGUGGUACGUUCCGUCAAAGUCAUCGGAGACACCGAUCACACAGUGUCAAUUAAUUGGCGAGCUCCAUCUGCAACCAACACCACGUGGUUUAGUGUUCUUUAUGCUGUGUUCGGUGAGAGAGACAUGAGACGCAUCAAUGUCAGUCCCGGGAAGCACCGGACCACCAUCGAAGGCCUUGUUCCGAAAACCAAGUAUAUUGCCUGUGUAUGUGUGAAAGGUCUAAUCCCAAAGAAGGAGCAGUGUGUGAUCUUCUCAACCGAUGAGGCAGCAAGUGCUAGUAGCACUCAGAAGCUUAUCAACGUGGUGGUGAUCACCGUGGCGUGUGUCAUUGCAGUGCCUCUCACCUUGAUCGUUUGCUGUGGGGCUCUGAAAAGACGACUCCAGAAGCUCAUGGGAAGAAGAUCGAAAGACAUUCAGGACUCAUACGUGACCUUCGAGACCCUCACACCAGGUGGCAAAGCUAAAGGGACGGAAGGGGAGUACCUCACCCACCUCAACCAAGAUGAGUCCAACCGUCUGCUCUCGGCUCGCUCCAGUGUAGAUUCAGAAGCUAUAAACAGAACUGACGGACAUCCUAAUGAGUAUUACUGCUAA